GACGGAAACCCAUAUCGAACCUCUCAGUAACCAGGCGAAUUCAGAGUCUGGAACUUAAAGGCCAGCAGAAAGCAAGUGAGAAAGAAGCGUGCCUCUUUGAAAUCAGAGAAGACAGCAAGACCUCAGAGCCCAGGCGGGAGACUGGAGUUGGCCAGGCUGCAGCAGAGGAAGUUUUCUCGUGGCAUUUAAAGGUCACCCAAGGGGUUUCCACAACUCUCUCAUGAGCCCCCUGUAGCAUGGGUUUUGGAUCAACUGUCCGUGAAGUUGGAAAACACAGGCCUGCACUGGAGCUGGUCCCAAACCCCUCCUGCUGCACUCAAUACCUGCAUCUAACAAAGAAAAUUGUGUUUGCCAGGCUGGCUCGCUGAAGUCACAAGAUUCCCAGUGUCACACAGUGCUCCGGAAUGCCUGUUAAACCUCCCGAGGAGGGGAAGAUUGUGCUCCCCACCUUUCAGAUAACUGCCUUUAGUACCAGCCUGAAAAACCAUGUAAUGGUCAUGGAUUUGGUGAAGAGGGACUGGCUUCCUUCCCAGAGAAGAGCCAAAGUUUGUUUCAUCCAAAUGUGCCCCGGGCUGAAGGUGGCUGAACAGCAAGUCAGCAGAUAUGAGAUGAACAGUCGACUUUUCUCAUCCCCCAACGAUGACUCUGCCUGGGAAAGAAAUGAAACUCUUUCAAAAGCAGACAGAAUUUCACUGUGUAGCAUGAGCUGGACUGGAACUGAAUACAUAGAGCAGGCUAGCUUCACCCAGCCUUACCUCCUCAGUGCUGGGAUUGAAGGAUUACUGGACACGCGCUAUAGUACAAAUGAUCAAAUCGCCCUUAAAAAUCUCCAGUCUGAUGUUACAGAGAGGAAGUUGGACUUCGCCAAGGAGACAUUGGCAUCACAAAACACAAAAAUGAUAUCACCUAUCAUCAUUUCCCAGCUGAUUGAUGAGAAGAAAUCGAUGGAAAAUGGAGCCUUGUUGCCUCUGCCACAAGCAAUCGUUCAACCUCAGCUGUGUCCCACGAAACCAGCUUCGGCCAGGCGCAGUGGCGUGAACAUGCACAGGCCAUUUGCUCCAGACAGAUUGGGAAUUCUGACUCCAUCAGACGAGCAAGGACUGGCGAUAGAACCACUGUCCACAGGAGACAACCUAGGCAGAGGCCCCCACAGAGGGUUCUCGUCUAUCACCAUUACUGCCAGACGUGUGGGCCCUCCAGCCAACUCCUUGGUAUGGGACACUGUUAGGGACCCACUGUGUCCCAAUUGCAGGGCCAAGGAUACUCUGCUCCAAGACGCCCCAGCUCUGGCCAGUGGUGUCCAUCUGUGUCAGCACAAUGGAUCCUUCACCUGUACAGAGUUCCCUGGCAAUGGCUCCAUAGAAGGGCUAAAGGUUCCCCAGGCUCACACAAGGAUGUGUGCAAGGCAGGAGUACUGGGUUACCCACAUGGAUGACAAAGAGGACAGUUUUUCUUCAGACAGUUCACCAUCAAGAAAAGUCCCACUGAUGUUCAGCUCCUGUGUCCAUCUCCGGGUGUCUCAGCACUGUCCCAGUGCCAUUUACUAUUUGGACAAGCCUCUUUCUGUCCCUCUUGAACAACCUCAAAUUGCUAGCCCCAAAAUGCACAGGUCUGUCCUGUCUCUCAGCCUCCGCUGUAGUUCCCACAGGUUAACAGCAGAUGGAGUAGACAGCACAGCUAAUGGAGAGCCAAUCAGCAGAGCCCUGCCCCAGGAGCUCUUGGAGGGAAAGCAGGAUCUCCUAGGUCCACAAUGGGGCCAGCCCCAGGAGGGUCACUGGAAAGAGAGUCCAGCCUUGGUGCCAGCACAUUUGGGGAGUGGCACAUACCCUCAGACUGGCUCCCCUCCCCUGGAAAAUGUCAAAUUUGCAGAUGUGGGAAGGAACCAGGUUCCAAGAAGAAAGGAGAAAGGGGACUGUGCAGCAUGUCCCACCAGCAACCAUGCCAACCAACUCUCCAUCCAUAUUCCUGGCUGGAGUUACAGGGCAGAAACCAAAGUAUUUUCUGGAAACAGCAAGGAGCAGCAAGGAGAAGCACAAGUGACCCUUCCUGCUUCCCCAGUGGGACAGAAGCCCAUUAAACACUUCCCUCCUGACGGGGACAGUUCACCCAGCAAUGAUGGUCAGUCUAGCAUCUUUUCUGAGCCCCAAGAGAGACGGCACCCAUACUUCCUGACACCCAGAGUCCCUUUGUCUGGGUUUCUUUGCCCUGUACAAGCUGCAUGUGCCUCUCUGCAGGAGGAUGGUACAGUUCAGAUAGAAAAAGAGUUCCCCAAAGAUUACACAUGCUGCGACUUGGUUGUAAAACUAAAAGAAUACAAGAAGCAUGAGGACCACGUUGCCACCCCCGAGCCCUCACCAGCAACGCCUUCUCCAACAAUGGCAGAGGGACCACAGAGCUCUGACCCAUUGGAAGAUAGUUCUGAGCCUCGGCAUCUGCUAGCAAGCUCCAUGACCUUGCAGGAAGCACUGGAAGUCCGUAGACCUCAGUUCAUCUCGCGCUCACAGGAACGGCUGCAAAAGCUUAAGCACAUGGUACAGCAAAGGAAAACCCAGCAAAAGGAAAACCCGGGGCAGAAGCAGAGCCUACUUCCUGUUCGUGCCCACAAGAAGCAGUUCACCGUUCCCCAUCCUCUUAGUGAUAACUUGUUCAAACCCAAAGAAAGAUGCAUUUCAGAGAAGGAGAUGCAUAUGAGAUCUAAAAGAAUCUAUAAUAACUUGCCGGAAGUUAAAAAGAAAAAGGAAGAGCAAAAGAAAAGAGUGAUCUUACAGAGUAACAGACUCCGAGCCGAAGUCUUCAAAAAGCAAUUACUGGACCAGCUCCUUCAGAGGAAUGCAGUCUGAUCCCAGGUGGCCCUGCUAGCCACCACCUGGAUCUGGGAAGACUUCCGAUGCUGGAUGAACCAUUAAACUUAACACUAUCUUCGCACGUGAAAGACACAUUUACUUUACUUUUGAUUUUUUUUUAACUUUCUAAAUGACCCAAACAAACAAAAGCAACAGUCCUGGAGUCAAUAGGUCAGCAGUCUGUUGCUGGGACUUCUAUCCCUUGGAACCUACUAGACUUAGUCUCUUUUUUUUUUUUUUUUUUUUUUUUAAUUUUACCCAUUGCUUCUGAAGUUUUCAGUAUAUCAUUUCCACCCAAGAAGGAAAAUUUUAUAUAUUCAAGUGUGCUUAGAUGUUGGGUUUUUUUUGGGGGGGGGGCAUGUUUUUUUUUUCCAAACUUUUGAGAAGCAAAACUCUAUCAUAUUUUAAUUCCCAACCCCAAUGGCUGCCAGUUCUGAAAUCCAAAGUCUGGGUCAAAGUCUGUUUAGCAUACACAUCUUGAGUAGCAGAGACUGACUUUGAAAUGGACAGAUAAAGAGACAGCCAAGUACAGACAACCUGGAGAGCCCUCUGCCUCUCUUCCACCCCACCCCAUAGUGCCCACCUUCGUCAGUCACCCAAAGAGCUUUUUUCAGUGGGAACUUGAGAAUGGCUGGGUGAGGAUGUCAGUGUUUUCAGUGCGCACACACACACACACACACACACACACACACCAGAAAUUGUCUUAAUCAAAUGACCUAGUGAUACCCACUCUUAUUUUUUCUUUCAAGUAUUCUUCAUAAAUAUGUAUUUGUGGAGUUAAGAACAAAUUAGUUUUUGCAACAAAAAUGGAAAUAAAUACAUUUAUUUGAAAUUCAA